UCGGUUGAAUGAUUUCAGUUUCUCACAAGCACAAUACACUUUUUUUAUUUUUACAAGUUUAAAUGCAAUUAACAAUUAAUUAUUUUUACAUGAAUUAAAAUUAUUUUUAUACAAAAUAAUUUCAAAAUAGCCAAUUUCAUAUUAUUAAAAAAAAAUUUGAAGUGCAAAAAAAAUUUAAGUAAGUUUUGUUGUUAGUGAAAAAAGUGUAAUAAAUUUUAAAAAUGUGUUUCUAAUAUGAGACUUCAAUAAAUGAAGGAAUAUGGGUCUGUGUGAAGAAAGUGUAUUUUUACUUUUACUGCCACCUUAUGGAAGGCAAGUUGUCUGGAGCUGGAAAAACGGAAACGGUAGCAGCAUUAGAAUUCCUGGAAGUAUGUCUCCGAGGUCUGACUGUUUUGUUGAGCUUGCAAAUGUUUUUGCAGCGGCAAUAACAAUCAUCGCAUCAAUAAUUUUAAUUGUCAAGUACAAAUGUAAAUAUUACAAAAAGUUGACGAAACGAUUACUUCCUCUUCACACAAUCCGAACAAUUAUUUGCAUAGUUUUGCUUAUAUUUGUUCUUUUUGAGUUUUGCGAGUCUUUGUUGAUUUUUGCCCCUCUCUCACCUGCUCUCAGUAUAUUAUCUGUGAUAUUUUGUUGGGUGGUCCAUCGUCAAACAGAAAUGAGAGAUGGUUUUGGAUUAUUUAUUACCGGUGGAGGAUUUACCAUAAUUGCUAUUGCUCGAAUUUGGAAAUUUUUUUAUUUACGUACGUUUGACUUAACAAUCUCACAUAUUCAAAUAAUCACCACAGCCGGAACAGCUGCCUCUUGUGGUUUGCUAGCAAUUAUGGAUGCCUAUACUUUUAACCAAAUGAUGAUAAAGAAGAAUAAAAUUUCAAUGAAAUCAACGGAAAAUUUUUAUUCAUCUUAUGAACAUGCUUCUUCAACUUUUUUAAGUAAAAUCACUUUUCAUUGGGUCAUUAGUUUACUCGCUCGUGGUAAUCAUACUACUCUGGAUUUCCGCGACCUAGGAAAAUUACCCGAAGAAGAAUCAUCAAAAAUAUUAUUUGAAAAAUUUCAAAAUAUCUACAAAAAUGAAAAGGAACUUAAAGGAAAAGACAAAUUGUCAUUGUGGAUCUGUUACUGGAAACAUGUUUGGCUUCCGUUCACGAUAGGAGGUUUAUUGAAAUUACUAGGCGAUGUAUCGAAUUUAGUUGGACCAAUUGCUAUUUCGAAAAUGAUUGAUUACGUAUCCAUUAGCCAAAACGCGACUUUUAAUUAUUGGAAAUUUGAACAUUCACGCUUUGUGACCGUUGACCAAUUUUUUCAAAAUGGCUAUAUUUUGGGUUUACUGGUUUUUUUCGCAUCAAUUUUACAAAGUACUUUGAGCCAAUCAUCGACUCACAUUCUUAAUGUAGAAGGGAUUCGUCUUAAAACUGCUUUGCAAGCUUCAGUCUACGAUAAAGCUUUACGACUUUGUUCUUGGAACAUUUCUGAAGAAGAGAAACCAUCUGCGAAAGAAACAGAUGAAAACGCUUGUCAAAAUUUUGAUAUUGGGACUUUAACCAAUUUGAUGGCAGAAGAUGCAUACAAUGUGAUGGGGUUUUUUUGGAUUGGACAUUACAUUUGGGCCAUUCCUGUAAAAAUCAGUGCCAUAAUAUUUUUGCUACACUUAAAGUUGGGGAUAAGUGCAAUAAUUGGAGCUGUUUGUUGUAUUCUUACUGUAACGCCAAUGACGCUUUAUCUUGGAAAACGCAUAUCAAAUAAUUCAAUAUGCAUCACGGAAAAAAGCGAUAGUCGAUUAAGAUUAAUAAAUGAAAUACUUCAAGGGAUGAGAGUUGUGAAACUCAGAGCUUGGGAAGAACUUUUCGAGAAAAAAAUUGGCUAUACGAGAAAUCGAGAACUUCAAUUACUGAACAAAGAUUCUUUAUUUUGGACUUUUAUAAACUUUCUCACACAUUCUUCUUCGGUACUUACAACUCUUUUCACAUUUGGAAUUUAUUUCUGGAUGGAAGAAAAAAAUCUUGAUGCGGGAAGUGUCUUUGCGAGCCUUGCGCUUUUCUCUCAAUUAACUGUACCGCUUUUCAUAUUUCCAGUUAUAAUUCCUAUAAUUAUCAAUGCAGUGAUUUCAACAAAAAGACUGGAAAGUUUUUUGUCACUUCCUGAGACCAUAAAUGUUUUACCGAAAGUGAAAGAAAGAAAUUUUCAGAUUCAAGAAAGAUGUGUUUCUUCAAACGACUCGAAUGUAGAGACUACUAAUGUACAAAACGUCUUUGGUCAUCUAGAUGACAUAGAGGAAUAUGAAGAAGAUUAUUUUUUAAAAAAGAAUUCUGCUUCGAAUUCUAUUGUAAAUACAAGUCUCAAGAAAGGAGAAAAACCUGUCAACUUUGCAGUAAAAGUUAAUGGCACAUUUUCGUGGGGAUCGUCUGAUACUCAACUGAUGCUUAAGGAGUUAACUUUUCCUCGAGGAAAGUUGAGUCUAAUUGUGGGCAAAAUAGGAAGUGGGAAAACGUCUUUAGUCUCUGCAAUUUUAGGAGAGAUGCAAAAAGUGAGGGGUAAAGUAGAAUGGGCUAGAGAUUCUCGAGUGGCUUAUGUUUCGCAAAAACCUUGGCUUAUAAAUGCAACUUUAAGAGACAAUAUUUUAUUCGGCAUGGAAUUUCGACCAAGAAAGUACCGCCAUGUUCUUAAAAUUUGUGCCUUACAACCAGAUGUAGAUAUUCUACCUGGUCGAGAUUUAACAAUGAUUGGCGAGAAGGGAAUUAAUUUGAGUGGAGGACAAAAACAGAGAAUCGCCAUUGCGAGAGCAAUUUACAGUGAAUGUGAUACUAUUAUUUUGGAUGAUCCAUUAUCUGCACUAGAUCAGCCAGUUGGACAUCAAAUUUUUGAACAGGGAAUUCAAAAAUUACUAUUAAGGAAGUAUACUAUCAUUAUGAUAACACAUCGAUUAGAGUUGUUGCCGUUUGCUGAUCAGAUAGUAGCAAUGGAUUUCUGCCAAAUUAGGGCAGUAGGAACAAAGAUAAAUAUUGAAAAAACAGAUUCUGCAUUGGCAGCAGAAUGGAGGGAAGCUGUCAAAAGGAAAGUAAAUGAUCAUCAAGUUCAAAAAACUGCCAAGGAUCGAUGGUCUUUAAUUAGGUUAAUAUCCAGGAUAAGCAUCUCGAUUAGACAAAGAAAUAGCAUAGAUGGUUCUUGGAUUAUUGAUCAAGAUGCACAUGUGACACCACCAGUCUUCGUGCCUUUGAGGUUGAGACGAUCGACACUAUUAGGAUCCAGAUAUUUAGCACAUGAUCUCUCUGAUAUUCUAGUUUCAGCUGAAGAAUGGGAUGCAAUUGUAAGGAGAAAAUCUAAAAAACAUCGCGUGGUCAUUAGAGCAACUAGUCUUCAACCUCUCAAACGUCCACCACCAAUACUUCGACAAAUCAGCACUCCAACAAUUUUAGAAGCGUGCUACGUACCAUCUAGAAAAAGGCAUAAUACUUUAGAGGGAAGUCAAACAAAUAAUAUGCUAAAGCAAAUAUUUUCCGGCAGAGUCAUUAAUCCGAAUUCAGAAGAAGCAAAUCUUUCGAGAGAAAAGAGUAUUCUACGUAGAUUGAUGGCAUCAAACCAAAACAAUAGAAUAAAUUCGAAUCAAGAAUAUGAUCCUCGACCAAUUAAAAGGUUGCUGUCUGAAGAAUCUGCUACAUUUCAAAACAAUGAAGAUGAAGAAAAAGUUAACGAUAUAUUAGUGGAAGAAGACAGUUUAGAGGAUGAAUCUGGAAGACUAGUAACCACAAAAGUAUGGCUAACUUAUUUCAAAAUUGGUGGAAUUCUUCCAAGCAUUAUUUACAUUUUUACGGCUCUUGGUUGUCAAGUUAUUCGAGUUUACACGGACCUUUGGUUAAGUCGAUGGACAGAGCAUAACAGAGGAACAGAAAAUACUAAAAAUAACCGUCAAAAUAUGAUAUUUUAUUGUAGAGUGUAUAUUAUCUUGUCAAUUUGUUCUAUCGUUUUGUACGCAAUUUGUAAUGGAAUUGGACAAUGGGUUGGAGCAAGAGCACGGUGUCAACUUCAUUAUGAUGCUAUUCAAGGACUACUUCGAGCUCCAUUGUCUUAUUUUCAUCAAACACCAAUUGGAAAAAUUUUGAAUAGAUUUAGUGCUGACAUAGGAGUUAUCGAUAAGAAACUUUCAAUUGCAAUACAACGACUUACAUUCUUUUUUUUGCUUUGUGCGUCUGCUAUAUUCGUGAAUAUAGCAAUUUCACCUUGGUUUCUUAUUCCAGCAAUUCCAAUCUGUGGAGUUUAUUAUUUUUUACAAAGGUUCUACAGAUACGGUGCUAGAGAACUCCAAAGAUUAGAUGGAAGUUCGAGAGGUCCAUUAUCAGCUCAUUUUUCUGAAACUCUAAGUGGACUUCCAACCAUAAGAGCAUCGAGACAACAAAAUAGAUUUAUUAAUCAAAUGUUUUAUCAUCUUGAUGUAAAUACAAAUGCAUUUUUAAUUUUGAACACAAGCAGUCGAUGGCUCGGUAUUGUUUUGGAUUAUCUGGGAGCUGUAAUAGUCAUAGGAUCAAUUUUUGCAUGCUUGAUAUCAGCAAAAUCGUAUCCUCAUCAGAUAACUCCAGCCCUUGUAGGUCUAGCUAUUAACUACACCUUUCUUGUACCAAUUUAUCUAAAUUGGGUUGUAAAAUUUAUCUCAGAAAUUGAAAUGUACAUGGGCAGUGUACAGAGAAUUAGUUUUUUUGCAAAUAUUCCUCCGGAAAAUCAAGAUACUUCCUUUGAUCAAGUCAUUCCGUCAGACUGGCCAAAAAUCGGAGCAAUUGUGUUUGACAAUGUUUCACUUCGUUACGAUCUUCAGCAAGAGCCUGUUGUUACAAAUUUGGAUCUUGUUAUACCAACAGGAAUGAGAUUGGGAAUUUGUGGACGAACUGGAAGCGGAAAAUCGACAACUGCAAUGGCUUUCUUUCGGUUGGUGGAUAUUUGUCAAGGAAGAAUUAUCAUCGAUGGUAUUGAUAUUCAAAAGGUUCCUCUUCACAUUUUAAGAUCGAGACUUUCUAUUAUUCCUCAAGAUGUUAUCAUCUUCAGUGGAACCAUAAGGGAAAACUUAGACCCAUUUUCUCAGUAUACUGAUUAUGAAUUGUGGUCAGCUUUGGAAUUGGCUCAGAUAAAAGAUGUUGUUUCAUCCCAUCCAGAUGGCUUGAAUCUAGAAGUGAGAGAAGGAGGUGAAAAUUUUUCUGCUGGACAAUUGCAACUGAUAAAUAUGGCUAGAGCUGUUCUUAUAAAAUCUUCAGUGAUAAUUUUUGAUGAGGCGACAAGUGCCUUAGAUGCUUCUACUGAAAAAGCAUUAUUAAAAACAGCGGCCGUAGCUUUCAAAAAAAAAGUUAUUAUUACUAUUGCGCAUCGAGUGGCUUCACUUUUGGCCUGUGAUAGAAUUUUAGUAUUCGACGAUGGGAAAAUAGUGGAAGAUGGUUCUCCCAAAGAACUCAUUCAGCAUCCUAUGGGAUUUUUUUCAACAAUGUUGAGAGCUACUGAAAAUGUGGAUUCAAUUCUAUAAUUAAUAAUAUUUUCAUUAAAAACAUAAAAUUUAAAUUAUUGAUGAUUUAGAUUGUUCAUUUAUCAAAAGAAAAACUUUAGGAGAUAAUUGGUUAGCCCUGUUUCUAUAGUUUCAUUUUCAUUUUAAGUCAUAUUUUUUCACAUUAAAAACUUUGGGGGUCAGUGGAAAAUGUUUCUAACAUUUGAUUUUUUGUACCACCCUAAGAUAACUAUAAACUGUAUAAUUUUCAAUAAAGUUUUC